UUGAACCUUGAACCUUGAAAUCUAAGGGUUGCCUAGCGCGGAGCGUGCUCGGGGAUAAACAUUGACCUGCACUGCAACAGACUGAAUGGGGGCUCUACCCGUCUUAGAAGAUGCCGAAACCAGCCCAUUCCGACUCCAGCACGGAUACAGAGCACCUAAAGUAAGGCAAGGUAAUUUCACCCCCAUUCUUCCUCUUGGACUCUUCCGAUCAACAUAUCCGAGCACUCUGAGGGUGUCCCCUUCCAUUGGUUUGCCUUGCUUUGCCUUGUCUGGCCUCGCCUCUUUCUUCCUCUCUCUCUUUCUCUCUCCUCCUCAACUAUUUAUAUCCCUCCUCUUCCCUCCGUUCCCAAGCUGUCCCAUCUCCCUCUUCUUCAUCAACAAUCACCAGAUUCUACCAUCCAAAGCCUACUUCAACUUCAACAACACCACUUCAACACCACAAACCCCAAUCACCAACCAACAUCACCAAUAUGCCUGCCUACGAGUACUGCUGCCAGUGUGGAGGCAUGAUUGUCAUCAGCACCACCUGCACCGCUUGCGGCCACAAGCAAUGCAACAACUGCCCUCUGUGCUAAAGCAUUCAUCCACAGACACGUCUCGACGGCAUUCGCCUCCUCUUCUCUCACAACACACGCUUGGACCUGUAUCAUGACAAAAGGCUACAGCAUGGCGAGAUGAGAGUCUGGAUCCCCUCGCUCAUACGAGGCAUGGCUAUUUGACGACUUCAAUAACGGCGCUUCUAUUCUGCUCAGAAACUGCCUUUUCUCCAUUCACACCUAUGACCUGGUCGUCACUUUUACAUUUCACUUAUUCUUGAUUGAUACCUCAGCGACUGGUUUCUUCAAGCAAUUAUGCGCUUUCUCCAAUAGCAAAAGCUUUGCUUUCAGCCUCUUUGGGGGUGCUUAUGCGAAGGCGCCACGGGAAAGAUAUGACGUCGGGUUUUGGGCGUUCUAUUACUCUAUGCUUUUACGUUUUGGACUUGUACCGGGGUUAACGGGGAAUGAAUCGCAACGGAUUUUCAGCUGUAACAAUAAUCGAUACCCACGGUCUCUUUUUUGGGCCUUGACUUUUUGAGAAUCAGAAACCAGAAUCAAUACCAAGUUUUAUCCACCCAGUUUCGGCGUCUCUUCGCCCGGCGCUCAGUCCUGUGAUUCGAAUUGAUGAGCAUCGUGAAAUGAAACGCUCCAAUCAUGAAUGCAUAUUGACAAGUCUUUGGUUUACUGGCCACUGCCAAACGCUCCGUUGGACCCUUGUUUCAGAAAAAAAAUCGACCCCCAAAUUCUGUGCCAUGGCCCGGACUCGCCCGAUCUACAACUCGACUUUCCCCGGAAAUUUCCCUUCGUUACAUAAUAUAGUAAACCUCACGUCGGCCCUUCUCUCUGGCUUGGAAAUGCAAUGCCCACAAGUUAGAACCACACUGCCACGUUGCAACCGACAAGAAUUGCAGAAAACACGACAACAGCCUUGAUUGUAAGGGAAAAUGGAGGUUGACAGCCGUGUCAAUGACUGCUUGGGAGACGCAAAAAUUGAGGUUGGGGUGCAGGCCUACCCUGGAGCUAACACAUAAAAUCAGAAUAUUGCAUAAUUCAAAAUGAAGCUUAAGUUCAUGGCAUUGUGAGACUGUUCUAUCAAAGUCACGAUACUACAGCUUGCGAUGAUCUACAGUCCGAUGUUUCCUCAAUUGAUCAAGUGUCGAUAGUGACCUGUGAUUGAUCACCCGAACCGCUUACCAAUGAGUUCGAUAGGAUCGUGGGGGGCUGGUUUAUGUCUUGAAUAUGUCGGCAUGGGCACCUAGGUAGACUGAGCACUAUGGGUGACCAUCGUGAUUUAUCUCAUCUACAAUGUUUGACUACAGGCCUG